GACAGCGGCGGUGCGCCGAGGGACGCGAGCGAUGGGUCUGUUUUCAGAGCUGAAGCUGGCUGUGCCCUGGGGCCACAUCGCUGCCAAAGCCUGGGGCCCCCAGCAGGGCCACCCAGUUCUCUGCCUGCACGGCUGGCUGGACAAUGCCAACUCCUUCGACCAACUCAUCCCUCUUCUCCCGAAAGACUUUCAUUACAUUGCCAUGGAUUUCGGGGGUCACGGGCUCUCGUCCCAUUACAGCCCAGGUUUCCCGUAUUACCACCAAAACUUUGUGAGUGAGAUUCGAAGAGUUGUGGCAGCCUUGAAAUGGAAUCGAUUUUCCCUCCUGGGCCACAGUUUUGGUGGCACUGUGGGUGGAAUGUUUUCCUGUAUCUUCCCCGAGAUGGUGGAUAAACUUAUCUUGCUGGACUCAUCGCCAUUUGCCCUGGACUCUAAUGAGAUGGAGAACAUGCUGACCUACAAGCGGAGAGCCAUAGAGCACACACUGCAAGUGGAGGCCUCCAAGAAGCCCUCGAGCGUGGUCAGCCCGGAGGAGAUGCUGCGGGGGUUCCUGAAGAACAACAGUCACGUGAGUGAGGAGUGUGGGAAACUCCUCCUGCAGAGGGGAACCACCCGGGUGGCCACAGGGCUGGUGCUGAACAGAGACCGGAGGAUCGCUUGGCCAGAGCACAGCUUCGAUUUCGUCAGCAGGGAGUUCUUUGCGCAAUCCGUCAAGAAGCUGCAGGCCCGCGUCCUGCUCAUCAAAGCAAUCCAAGGAUUUUAUGAUGUGAGGAGAGAGAAUGACACUAACAAGGAGCCCCUGCUUUUCACAGUUGACACGUUGAAAUCUGUCCUAAAAGAGCGGUUCCAGUUCGUGGAAGUCCCGGGCAAUCACUAUGUGCACAUGAACCAACCCCAGCAGGUGGCCAGUGUCAUCAGCUCCUUCUUACAGAGCAAGGACAGGGUCCCAGCCCGGCUGUAGCCCUGGGCCUGGGGCUACAGAGACCUCGAGCCCACUGCUCACCACCCUCCACUCGGACUCCCAGCUUCCAAGCCACCCAGCCAGGCCAGGUGUGGUGGGGCCAGGCCUCACUGGUUGUGAAGAACAGAGAGGAGGGGUGGGGGCAAGAUCUUGCCUCUAACAUUUGUGACUUCAAGGCGGAGACCAUGCCCGGAUUUCGGGAGUUGUUUUGUGGCUGAUGAUCCGCAGGAAGCUGGGAGCAGCUGGAGGAAG